UGAAGCUGGGCUCAUUGAACAUCCCACUGAUCUGCAGCAAUGGGGACCUUGAUGUGGUCUUUGGUCAUUGUGCCUCUCUUCUGCUCUCCAGUAUCUGGUCUUCCCUGCUUAAAUGGUGGCACUUAUGAUGGAAUAAAGUGUCGGUGCCCAGAAGGCUACAAGGGAAGCCAAUGUGAAGAAGCUCCAGUCAGGCCAGGUCUUCCCUGCUUAAAUGGCGGCACUUAUGAUGGGAUAAAGUGUGUGUGCCCAGAAGACUACUUUGGAAUCCAUUGUGAAGAUGCUUUAGUCAGGAGAAGUAUGUAAAAACCUGUGAUCAGAAGUAAAGAAUGUUCAUUUGAUUUAGUAAAUAAAAGGAAGCUGUGCUGACUUUGAA